AUGGAAGUGAAGCAUUUUACUGCCGGUGGUCAUAAUUGUUUAAGAUUUGGUUUAAAUACAUAUGUAUAUGCACCAAAAGAUGAUGCUAAACAUCGAUCACGUUGGAGAGAUUUAUAUACAAAUGAAGAAGCAAAUCAAUUAACACAAUUAAUUAUUUCAGCUAAACAAAUUGGAAUUCAUUUUAUAUAUGCAUUAUCACCUGGUCUUGAUAUAACAUAUUCAUCGGAUAACGACUUAACAGCACUUAAACUUAAAUUUCAUCAAUUAUUAACAAUUGGAUGUGAAAAUUGGGCAUUAUUAUUUGAUGAUAUUGAAAAUGAUAUGUCUCAACAAGAUAAAGAUAUAUAUCCAUCAUUUGCUCAUGCACAUGUUGAUUUAACUAAUAAAUUAUAUGAUUAUCUUAAUAAACCAAAUAUAUUUAUAUUUUGUCCAACAGAUUAUUGUAGUCGAAUGGCUAAACCAUCUAUUGAAAAAUCUUCUUAUUUACAAACAAUUGGUGAUGGUUUACAUACUGAUAUUGAUAUUUUUUGGACAGGUCCAAAAGUAGUAUCUCGACGUAUAACAAUGUCUCAUUUAUUAUCGAUAAAUAAUAUAUUAAAACGUCGUGUUAUUAUUUGGGAUAAUUUAAAUGCAAAUGAUUAUGAUCAACGUCGUUUAUGUAUGGGACCAUAUUCAGGUCGUUCAUUAAAUAUUUCAAAAGAAGUAUGUGGAAUAUUAUUAAAUCCGAAUUGUGAAUUUGAAUUAAAUUUUGUUCCAUUACAUACUCUUGGUCAAUGGUUUACAUUAAUAAAUAUAAAUGAAAAAGAAUAUCAAUAUGAUGAUGAUGAUAAUAAUCGAGAUUUUCUUCAGACAUCUUCUACAUAUGAAGUUGAUAAAGCACUUCAUAAAUCAUUAAUUGAUUGGUUACCAGAAUUUAAUAAAAUAAAAUCAGCCAAUGAUUCACAACAAAUUUUAAAAGUAAUUUUAAAAUUAAAUUCUUUUAUUAUUUAA